AUCCUGAAAUGAAAGAGCAAUUCUCUCAUGCGAAUAAAUAGGUAAGAGAGUUCGUUUGUAAGGUAAGCUAUGUGCAAUUGUUUUUCAGAUUGGAUAUGAGCGUGAACGUGAUUUGAAGCCAUUAGGGGAUUUUGAUGAGAAAUCGUGCUUCAUUUCAUAUGGGUCUUCUGAGGCAUGUGAAGCAGGGGCUGGCGGUGUCGCUCGAUGGAGAGCUGGUGAUGUCUGGGCGAUGGAGCGGCGGACGCGUCUUGGAUGCGCAUGUGAAGCAGGGGCUGGCGGUGUCGCUCGAUGGAGAGCUGGUGAUGUCUGGGCGAUGGAGCGGCGGACGCGUCUUGGAUGCGUGUGGAUGCCGCAAGGAGCUGGUCCUGCGCAAUGGUGACGAUCCACAUAGACUCCUCGUCGAAGUGGAUGUCGUUCCACUGGAUGGAGACGAGGUCGGAGUAGCGGAGAAAUGCCGCGAACAUGAGGAGUGGGAUCAGUCCUUUCUGAUAUUCUGCCGGGCUGCUCGACUCAAGGAAGGGGUGUGCCAUGGCGUGCACCUGGUGGAGCGACAAGGGUUCCUUCGUCCUGGUGGUGCACGGGCCGUGGCGUUUGGAGAAUUCACGAACUUGUGAAGUGAAAGGCCCGCUAGUGGGAGAGGGUUCUCCGGUCAUCCGAUGUGCAAAUGCGACGGCGGAGCACGUAAGGGAUAUGGCGGAUACUGUGGCCUGAUUGUUGAGGGCAUAGACAAGGUAGAGCGCUAGAGUAGUGUCUGUGGCAGGCAGGUAGCUCAGCUUGACCUUCGUGCAAAAGGAGCGGAACUUGAGCCAAUACGGCUCGUAGGUCCUUAUAGUGGAUGGCGCGCGGACAUGACUGAUUACCCGAAGUAGCUGUGUCUGUAGUUUUGAUAAUAAGCCUGAAAUACAGAGAGCCCAGGCAC